AUGGCGGCCAAAGAAUUUAUUUGCGCCAUCGAGAGUCUGCAAUUGGUCGCUUGCUUGAAUCGGCACGAGGAAUCCUUUGAGAAGCUGGUGAGACAGAACCCCAAGAAGUUCGUCGGUGUGAUGAGGCGCAACGAGGCACGAUUAAGGCAGGACUUCAUAGACAAUGCGGCGGACUGUAUCCGCGUUUUCCGCGAGUUUCGCGAGUUCGUGGAGCAGCAGCUCCUUUUCGGGACAAUCGGCUUCGACCCUCUCCUCUACAACUUUGCUCUCUAUCCCCUCGCCGCCGUCGCCGCGCUCGCCCUGAGCGAGGCCUGCACCGUCCCGCUCUCCCGCAUCACCAUACUCUCCCAGGUGGAAGGAGGAGCACCGGCCGGCGACAGGAGGAGGAUGAACAUAUUGCAGCAGGCUGUUCGGAUCGUCGAAGAACAGGGUGGUAGUGAUGUUGGGUGCAAAGGGCUUUGGAGGGGCAGCAAAGUUUUUGUUGCUCAUCGGCUGGCUUUUUACGGAAUCCACUUGUCCGCCUAUACCAAUUUCAAGGCUCUAAUACAGGGGAGUCUGCGGCUGAAUCCAGUCGGGGUGGCUUUUAUCGGCGGAGGAUUGGCAGCACUAACUGCUUCCUCGGUUUUGUAUCCAUUGGAUACUGUAAAAACACACAUGGCCCUUCAGACGAGCAAAGAGUACAGGGGAGCAUGGGGUACUUAUCGCAACAUGAUAUGCAAAGAUGGCGGCCACAGAUCUCUCUAUGCUGGACUGUCGGCAUCAUUAUUGCGCGUUGUCCCAUCCAUGGCAGUAAGCCUUUCAGUCUACGAACGUCUCUCAAUGCUUUGGGAUGAUCUAAGGCCAGGGGAUUCUCUGUUCACGACCACACUCGUUUGCGGGAGCAUCGCAGGCCUUGCCGCCUCACUAGCAACGUAUCCGCUUGAUGUUGUGCAAAGAAGAUUGCAAACGGCUGCUGCUGGGUCGGGCGGUUCGGGUUUAGUCGCGGUAGGGCGGAUGUUUGGAGAAAUAGUCCGGGAGGAAGGCGUGGGAGGAUUGUACAGAGGCGUCCAAGCUCAUUGUUUGAAGACCGUUCUCGAUCACGCGGUUGCCUAUACGACUUACGAGAUGGCUAAGGUGCCCAGCGCCUUUAUGCGCCUUGUUAGGAUAGGAGAUUAUUAG